UCUGCCAGCACGUGAACUCCACCUCCACGCUGGUUUGGCGCCGAGCCGCCGGGCUGCUGGUCUCCGCCCCGCUCCAGCGCCGCCUCAGCUCUUGGCAUAGUAAUCUCAGUUCCUGAUCGCGCAGAGAACUGCCUCCCGGCUGCAGGGGACCGCAGCAUGUCCCCCAGCAUCGGUGUGGCCGAGCCAGGGCUGGGAAUACACGUGCGACUGGAAGCCUAGCACCGCGCAGGCAGGCAACGGCCCAGCCAGGGACAGCCCGCCGGAGCAGGCCAGUUCUUUAGAGGACUCAUCCCGAUAGCUUCCCUCUGAGUUCUGACUACUUCCCAGUGGAAAAACGUACUUGGGACAGACACGGGAGUGCUCUUGGAGAGAAGUCCCAUGGGGACUGUGCCUGACCCUCUGAGAGUGACCAAAGCUUCCAUAGUGGCAGCUUCUGGAAAGGAAGAGGGUCGAGGAGAGCUGCAGAAUACCUCCCUACAACAAGCUCAGCCGGAUAAGAAUGCUGGUGGCAUUGGCAAUGCCCCUGCUGAACUCAGCCUCAGGCUCAGUGCAGCUGCUGAGGCCCUGAUGCAAGCUUGUGUGCAUGAGACCAGCCAGCAAGACAUGGCAUCUCCUGGUGUCCUCAAUGAGGUGGAGCCAGUGUCUCCCACACACAGCCCUCCUGAUGACUCCCAGCUGCAAGGAAGCAAGGAGCUGGCAGCACCGAGCCUGAAUCCUACUGCAGAGAAGGAACUUAGAUCUGCACCAUUUUUAAUGCCAGCCGUUCAGCACACUCACCAUGCCAUCCAAGAUGACCCGCCAAAUACUAGCAGCUGCCUGGCACCUGAAGAUUCCUUGGUGAAAUCAAAGGCAAACUCAAACAGUGAGAAACCUGAGAUGUCAAGUUGUCCUACCCGGGUCCCCUGUUGCAGCAGCGAAAAUCAAAUGCUCUGUGAUUUUCCUUCUCCAGAAAAUAUCCAGGGAAUUGUACAGGCUUCAGAUCCAGCAAUGGGGGUUCACUUGUCCCCUUCUGCAGACAGACCUGAUGGGGAAGGGCAGAAAGUCAACAGUAACACCACAGUAGGAGCCAGUGAACCUCUAGCAAGAGGAGGAUGCUCAGAGAACAAACAGCCCUUUGCCACUGCCAUGGAUACCACAGGGGAAGGGUCUGAAAACCUUCCCCCAUCCCCACUCACCAGCAGAGAUUCCACAUGUUCUCCAGAUGCAAAGGAGGUGCCGGUUCGAGCGCAGCAUCCGGUGUCAAGGUUCAAAGAAGCCAGUACAAUGACCUGCCAAGCUGAAAGGGAGACUAAGGAGGUCCCUGGCAGGGCUUGGCAAGAUGCCGAAGUGCAGGCAGUGGCAAGUGUGGAGAGCAGGUCUGUCUCUACCAGCCCCAGCAUCCUCCCUGCAUUCUUAAAGGAAAUUCCUGCUCCCAAGGGUGAGAAUGAGCAAGAGCAGCUACGUGUAGUUUGCCAUGGCAAGGGCAGUGGAGGCCACUUACUGGAACUCUCUAACAGCACAGUAGACCCCCAAGAGUCAAGGCAGUGUGCCGGCAUUGUGCCCAAAGUGCACAUCCUGCCAGCCGCUGCCACUCCUGCUGCUUCCAAGGGGGAAUGCAAAACAAAAAACCAAUCAGGGGAAGCCUUUAAAUCCUCACUGAUGGCCUCCAGUCAAAACCAGGGUACAGAGGAAGGCGGGCAGGCUUCAGCAAGCAAAGAGGCAACCUCCAGGCAGCCUCCAGGUACCAAUCCUGGCUCCCAGAAAGCUAGCCCCAUUGUCCAGAUUUCCCCCAUGGCUGGGAGUCAAGCUGAGAUAAGUCAUGAGCUGGGGAACUCUGAACCCAAGCCACCUGAAUUUGUAGUGAAAACUGCAAAUGACCACAAAACAGAGCCAGACUGCAAACUACCUGAUGCCCGUGGAGGUGCAGUUAAAGAUGACCAGCUGCAGAGCUUGAACCCUGCUGAUAAAAAAGGUGCAAAGGACGGGAAGCCUGCUUCUCCUCAUAUUGUGAAAGAGCACACACCUGGGACCACCUGCGCCCUAGAUGCCAAAACCCUACUACUAAAUCCUAAAUCUCAAGAUAAUGAAGGUACAGGGCCCGAGAGCAAUCUUGCACCCUCCCCAGGGAGGAAGAACCAGCAGAACACCUUGGAAGAACACAGGCAGGCCAAAACAGCCACGAGCCUGAGCCUGCCCCCCGACGGCACAGGGGACUCGAGCCCAGGCUCUGGCAAGAGGACCCCUUCUCGCUCAGUCAAGGCCAGCCCACGCCGGGCCAGCAGGGUCAGCGAGUUCCUGAAGGAGCUCAAUGUGACGGCAGCUGCUGCCCAGGUGGGGCUCACACCUGGAGAAAAGAAGAAACAGAUGGGCGCAGACUCCAAGCUGCAGCUGAAACAGUCCAAGCGAGUCAGGGACGUAGUGUGGGAUGACCAGGGCAUGACCUGGGAAGUGUAUGGUGCUUCCUUGGACCCAGAGUCCCUGGGAAUUGCCAUCCAGAACCACUUACAGAGACAAAUUAGGGAGCAUGAGAAACUAGUGAAAACACAAAGUGACCAGACUCGAAGGUCUAUUUCCUCAGAUUCUUCUUCAAGUAAGAAGCUCAAAGGGAGACAGCAGGGCGUCCUACAGUCCAUGCUGCAAAACUUCCGGCGCCCCAACUGCUGUGUCCGCCCCGCGCCAUCUUCUGUGUUGGACUGAAAGGAAGCCGCACCGCUCUAUGAGUGGUGGUAUUCCUUCUGUCGAUCCGUGUCAAAGCUUAGGAGUUUGGGUUUCUAUUUUGUUUGGGGUUGGUUGUCCUUGUUGUUUUCUGAGAGACGUAGAAGUAAAAGUAACUAUUAAGUUUAAGACGUAGCUAUUACGAACUCUCUGGUCCUCCAUAAAUAAAAUGUCAUUUCACAUUGAUAGAAAGAACGCAAGAAGUGAGGCAAAGCUCGGAGUUGGUCUGCACCCCUAAUUCAGAAAAAAAAAAAAUCUUCACUGAGGUUUUGUUUUUUUUAAUAUGUAAUUGUUUAUACAAGCACAUUUUCACUACACACGAUUCAUUUGGUAUUAUCACCUCAGUCUAACACAGGGUGGUAUUUUCACCAAAAUGUCUGCUUUACAUUAAAACUAGCAAAAAAACCACUAUUAGCAACACUGUGAUGAUUUCUAGUCUUACUGAAGUAAGGAUGCUGGUACCACAGAAGUUUAGGGCCUUCAUACGAACCUUAAUAUGAAAAACUGAAACAAAUUUGAUUUAUUCCUGGGACAAAUAAGAUGAAAUGAAAGUAGUCAAAAGAAUGCAAUAACAAAUAUGAAUUGGCUUUAAGCAUCUGAAGCUAGCCCUUUGUAUGUGAACAAGUUUCUAGUUAGAAAAGCUAGCUACACCUCCAAAUAUGAGUACUGCCUGUACCAAAUAUGAAUUUCAAUCUGUACAUUUUCCUGCCCUGAAAGCCAAGUGCAUCUUUCUGUGCUUCUGACCAAAUUAAAAUGGUGUUUUCUUACACCAGAGGAAGUGUCUGUGAUUGGAGGCAUGAAAUUAAAGAGAACAGUAGAUUUUGGAUUGCAAAUGUGUCCUCUGGUAACAGUUUCUGACUCCUUACAUGUACAGCCUGGAUUCCUUCAGAUUUAUCACUUUUAAGAAACACACUUCAGAGAUCUUUGUGAAAUCUUGAGUUUUGGGCGGCCUUGUUCUCUCACUGGUUUCUACAGAAGGGUAUCUAUGGACCAUGAGAACAUCCUUGGGGCCCUGAGCUAGGCUGAGAGCAGCAGCUUGCACAUCGUGGUUGUGUGGAGAUGGAGCAAGCAUUUGGGGAAGGCCUUCCUUCCAUCACUCAUCUUUUCUAGCCAGUGCUGAUCUGAAGGUUGCUGUUAGCACACUGGACUAAGACAUGAGAGAGAGAGCAACAGUUAGCUGCCUUUGCUGAAAUUACUCCAACAAGCCAGUAAAAAGGACCUGCCUUGGUUUUGUUUUUGUUUUGUUUUUCCUUUAGAGACUCAAAUAUCAGUGGAAUAACCAAAUACCUAUUUUGGCUUUUUUCAAUGUAUUUCUAUUUUGUAGAUUAUUAACAUAAAAAUUAUACCUGAGCUCUAAAACCGAAGCUACGUUGCAUUUGAUUUCUAGAAGAGCAAUUUAACUGUGUAUGUAACUGCAAAUGUAGGCCACGGUGACAGCACCCUCUGAGUUGGAGAAUGAUAAUUACAGUGUUAUACUUGGAACUUAUAACAAAUUUUUUUAAUAAGGCACAUUUUCAGUUUCUUACUAAUUGGCCUCUGUUAAGAAUGCUUUAUAAAGUAGAAAUUACUGUCAAAUUACUGAUCAAAUUGCUAUAUUAAUGAUUAGAGAUUUAGUAUAAAACUCUCUUUUAGUACUCAUUUGUCUCGGAUGCCUUUGCUGGGACUUAAUCUGUCUCCCAUCUUGCACAUACUGGGGCCUUCUGUCACAUGUCGGCACCCACGCUGGGUAUUCACAGGGUACCCCUGGCAUACCCAGGAACAGCUGUCCACAGGACCCACUCCAGAUGGUGAACCUAGCAAGCCUUUGCAGGGAAGUGCUACAACAGGCUGUUCCUACAUUCAAAUAGGGGACAAGAAAGAAUUCUGGUCAGUAAUAAUGUUUGUGGAUUUAGAGUAAGCAUAAAAUGCCUAGAGGCAAUGAAGCAGAGGCCUGAGAGAGCUGUAGACAUCUGUCCCAGAUUUAGUAAAUCAAAACUGCCUCAGUUGGUGUUACAGUUGAACCUCUCAAAUCCAAACCUUAAGAAGAAAUAUUUGAUUUGACUAAUAAGUUUGGUUUUCUUUGGUACUGGCACUAAAUUCUUAAUUUCUACAAGACUCUAGAAAACAUCGCAAAAUGGUACAAAGAGGUUUUGAUCCUUUUGAAUCUUAUAGAAUUGAAAGCUAUUAGAAAUAGUCAUGGAAAUACCUCACCAAAUGGAUACAUUAAGCUGGGAACCUAUUCAGGUGUUUAUAUCAUGGAACCUAUCCGUAGACACUCUUGUAGUAAAAUUCUAUUUGAAGUUUAUCCUUCCCAUAAGUCUGUGACACAGCGUUUGACCUUCAGGACAUCACUGGGACCCCUUGCCUUCUUUGUCCAGGGAGGCACACGGUGGCUUUCCUGGCACACUCUUCAUUGCUUGCUGUUUUGCUUUUUAUCUGUAUGAUAUACACUGGUUUGAGAGUAAUUUUGUGUCUGACAUUAAUUUUUUCACAUGUCAUUUAAAACUUCCUAUUACAUCUUAGAUUUUUAAAGAUAGAUAGCAAAUGUAUUAAAGAAAGAAAUAGAAAAUAUUUCUUGCAUCAGUAAUAAAGGAAGUGAGAACUAAGGGCCUGGAAGUUCAUUUAGCACUUACAAUGUAAAGAUGCUAUACCACUCACAAAGAAAAUACUAGAUCUAUUUAAACUGUGAUUAUUCUGUGUCUGUGACCAAGAGACAAACACCCCAGCUUCCACUGUAAUUUGUUUAUUAUGAGUGAUUUUAUAACAACAUCUUUUUUAAUUAGUGGGUUUUGAUGCCAUGGCCACAUACAGUAAAAUCCUCAUUAACCCUUCAUUUUGAAUCAAUGACAUAGAUAAAUAUUUUGUUAUGUCAAAGUUAACCAGAAACCCGUGUGUAUGUAUGUAUGUCCAAAAUGAAAUAGUUGUAAAAUGGAUUCAUAUGUUGUCCUACCUUAACCAGUUCAGCUAUCUAGAAUGUAAUUUGAUUUUUGAUAGUUUUUUUUAUUCCUAGAAAUCAUCCAACGUAUAUUAUUUUGGAUAUCUGUAUUCCCUGUAUUGUAGAUUAAAUAUAAAGCUGUAGUAAGGUGGACUGAAUGUUUAUGUAAAGCUUCUACCCAGAGGUUGGACUUUGUAACCAAGUCCGUAACGGGAGCUUGCUAUCUCAAAGCAGAAAAACAAUGAUAAGGAAACUGUCAUUUGAUUGGCUCUGAGAAUCUUGGGGUUUUGCUGUUCCCAGUUUGUACUGUUUUGCUUCAUUUGGGGAUCCUCCAUCAUUCUGGGCAUGGUGUAUAUACCACACCAAAAAAUAGAACACAAUGGGAUUUCAACUUUUUGUGGGGGAUGUAUGAGAGUGUACUUUUAAUGUCACUUUUUCAGCUAUUUUUAUAUCCACCUUUACAUUUACUGCAAAUAUGUGAGAAAUCACUGUCUCCUUUCACUUCUACAGUGAAAGUGUUUUUAAAAGGUCUCCUUCUAGUGCCACAUAAUUCUCCAUAUUUCUUGUCUACUUUUUCAGAUCAGUAUAAAGAAAACAUUAUAUUAAAAUAACAUCUGUGUAUAGGUUUAUGUGCUUUUAUUGAACACUGGCCAUUCAUGGCCUUAUGUAGACUCAGAUUUACUAAUUAUCUACAAUGCUGCCAUAGAGAUGAGGCUGUCUACUCUCUCCUGCUCUGUUCCAAGUGGUGUGUGAGACAUAAGCUUGUGAACUCUCCAGUGUGGUGACACAGUGAACUCUGAAGUAUCUUAAGUGAGCUGACGACAUUGUCACUACCACUGCUUUGUAUACGUGAUGAAUCAGAAGCCUUGUUUCUGUCCAUGUCAGUACCUACUGUGUCUGUCACAUUUAUACCCGAGCAUUUUGUUUUCUGUUAGCAGUGUCCCUGGAUGUGUGUGCAGCCUCUUCGGUUGGUUCUUUCCCAAUGCAGGUCAGCUGCUGCACCCUGGCAAAUGAAACUGCAAUCUGUGAAUCUCCUGCCAUCCUUGGGACAAUACCCUCCCCUAACGAAAUUCUGCAGCUGAUGAAUGAUUAUAAAAGUCAUCUGUGCAGACACAUAGGCUUAUGAAUAACUAUAUAAUUUUGAACAGUUUUGCAAAAACAGCUUUGUAAAUAGUGAAGCAGUUUUCCAUGAACUUUAUCUUACUUUUGGAACAGAAAGUAUUCUCCUUGGCUAUGAAAAUCAUAUAAGUUUGAUUUGCAAUAACCAAGAAAAUAAAUGAAGAACUAAGGUGGGACAUUUCUGUCUCAUGGUGUAAUCUGCCAAAGGUCUUUACUGCUACGUUUAAUGCUGAACACUCACCAGCUCAGCUACUCACUUGCCACAACUGAAUAACCUCUCUCAAAGUAAAUCUAGUACAUCUGUAAAUAUACAAACAGCAGACAAUCCAGAAAACACUUUGGAUGUUGCAAAAAUCAAGGUGACAAUAAUUAUAAAGGACAUCCAAAUAACUACAGACUUGGUGAAAUGGUGGGGUCCAGAAUGGUGCAACAAGAUAUUAUUUUCACAUUUUUCCCCAAGACCCAGAUGUCUCAGAAACCAAUUUGAGAAUAAGACUGUUGACUGUGAAACUAAAGCCAAGCAAUACCAUGCCAAAAAGAGGCAGUUAUACCAGCAAGUGCAUCAGCUGUGGGCACACAUUAUGUAACUGUAGUUUGCUCUGUGAAGAUUGACUGUAACUCGGAGGAUAUGUAGAGGGACAAUUUCUGCUUUCUAUUAGAAAGCCUGGGUAGAUGCUUCACAUUUGGAAGCAGCACCGGUGACCAGGAGCAGAGAUUCAAUUGCAUCUCUGUCUCAUGUCAGUCAUGACAGAAGAGGAGCCACGAAAAGUCUUGUUGGCUUCAAGCUCAAAUCAGCUGCAACCAGAACCUUUGUCAAAUAAAAGGAUUGAAUUUACAGACAUUUCUCUUCCUGGACACUAGCAUGUCAUACGCAACUCACUUAACUCAAAAUAGUGGAUUGUAGGACUUAGCAAUGAAAAGCAGGCUCCCCAAAGUGCUAAAACAUGAGCCCAUCUAACAAAAGGAGCCUCAAAUAAUGCCUUACAAAGAAAGUUCUAGAUGAUUUCUGAAUACUAAUGACUCAUCAAGUGUCUAUCUGAGUUCAAGUUCAAAAUUAAUUGGCUGCAAAGUAUUAGGAAUUAAGUCACAUAUUUUGCACUUCAGAAAAAGACACUGAUGAUCAACCAACAAAAUGAUAAUUAUAAUGAGAUGUUCUCAUGAUUUGCACUUGCUAGGGAGAAUUAAAAUGGGAGAGAACAUCUAACCUCUGGAUCUCUUCAAUUUGGAAAUGUCAUUAGUUUUCCCCCCCUAGGGAGAAAAAUCUAAUUUUUUUUUUUUAACGUUGCUGCUAGUAUCAAGUUUUGUUAUUUUAAAAAUUAACUGUCUCCUUUGGGAAAACUUCUAAGUAUUAAACAGUUUCUCUCUGAUUCAUGUGAAGGUGGUGUAUGGAGUAAACCCCACCAGAUGAGCAAAACGAGCUUGUCUGUGUUGGAGGCAUUCUUACUGAUUUCACUGUAUAUUCAAUGGCAUUCAUUUUGGGCCAUGUCUUGGAGUAAGUCACUUUCUACCACGUCCUAAAAUGACACAUUGUGAAAUGGCAGUAUUCUAGUCCUGCACAUUGGUCAUUAGAAGAAAGGAAUGACUACUAAUGCUUGCUAUCAGGGGGUCUACAGAUACCUCCUAUUAAAGAUGACAGAAGUCAACCUGGCCUGAGAAAUCAAGAAAAACUCUUCUAGUAGCAAUUCCUAAAUCUCUAUAUUUAUUUACCACUGCUGUACUAAUGUGUGAAAAAAAUGUUGUGCAUAAUACUGUAGCUGGUUGUGAUAUGUCCAUACAUUCUAUAAGUGUGCACAGUCUGUGAGUGAUUGUCACUUUUUUGUGUAGAAAAAAAAUAGCAUGUUAUAGCCCAUUUAAAGGCUAUUUCCUAUUACCAGGUAGGUACAUUCAGGAAAGUAAAUAAAAUCAACAAAUGUGUGCAUGUAUGUUCAGUGACAGAAUCAAUCCUUUCAGUUGAAGGUCAGGAGGGACCAGACUUGUUUUGUUUUGUUUGUUUAUUUGUUUUAUCAUCUACAAGAGUAGCCAGCAUAAUUACCACAAAGGCUGAAUAGAGUGGUCUGUAUGUUGGCAUGUUACUAAAUAUGCCAGAGCUAAUUUCACAUGCCAUUAGUCACAAGUAAGGUCAGUUCUUUGACCACUCAGUUGAUUUACAUUCCUCACACAUCCUCUGUGUUAACUGUGUGAUAGUAUGUACAUACCAUAGGUGUGAUUGUGUACAUACCUUGUAUGAAUUAUCUAAAUUCUCUAAAGCUGUUGCUGGAAGCAGAAUGAAGAAAUAAUUAUUCAGAGGCCUCAAAAGGGCUAAUCAAUAUGUAUUUUCAUUUUCUACACAUAAAAUGUAUAUAUAGCAAAAUGUAAAUAGCAUAUCAAAAUAGAUAUGCACACAAAUGCAUUUUAUUCAUAAUACUACAUUUGAAUAAAUCAUUAACAAAUUAAAACAACUAAUUAAUAGCUACAUCUUUCCAUGAAUUUACUAUUUUAAAUCUAUUAAUGUUGAACAUAAUGCUCCCUCUUAAAUGAUAUUACACCCCAAAUGGCAGAUUUUAUGUAAAAGAAAGUCCAGCCUAUUUGGCAUCUCACUGAGUCUGGUAUCUGAACAGCUUCAGAGUAUUAAUGCUGUUUCCUAAAUACAGAAGUAUAUCUGAAAAUGACACACACUGGGGAAAACUGCUUAUAUUUGGGGAGCUGAAUUUGGACCUUUACCAGUAUUUAUAUGCACAGCCUGACAGAAAGCUUACAUUUUUGUUCAAGUAUCCCUGGAUUUCUCCAGUGUACAUAAUCAUUCAAAGGAGAGACAAUCACAGGCCUUCUCUUGAGAUUAGUAAAACAAUGUGUACCCACGCUGAAGAAAAAUAAAAGUGAAAAUAAAUUACAGGUGAUGUUGGUAGGAUUGGACAACCCAAACAAUUGGGAGUUCCUUAAGAGAGACUUUUGUACUCUGCAGACUAAUCCAAAGGCCAAUGCCAUUAGCCAGUCAGUGGCAAUGCUGAACAAAAAAAAUAUCCUGUUUAUCAGUUUUCAGCAAGGAAUUGAUCAAAAUGCUCUCAUUUCUUCUCAAAGAAAAUUCUCUGUUUAAUAAAGAUCAGAGACUGACAUUCUUAAAAGUUAGUAUAAUUUGACCCUGACUCUGUGACACUAAAAACUGUGUUAGCUAGUUGCUGCACUGACAAUAUGAACAGAAAUAUCAGUAUUGUCCUUUGAUAGAGAAUUGUAUUUGGAAAGUACAAAUACAACCACUUUGUACUAAAGGUUAUGAAUAACAUUUGAACACACAUUCAUGGAUUAGGAACUGGAUGUUCAGUCUUCCCAUCUUAGAGAUGGGUAAGGCUAACCUGUUGGACAGACACUACAGGAUGACUGCAGCUGGCUGGGUUUACCUGUGAUGAGAACACAAUUCCUGAAAUCUUGAUGUUCACCAAUAUUUGCUCUUACAUAAAAGAAAUUUAUGUAACCUUGAAAAAUGUAUAUUAAUUUAAAUAUCACCAAAAAUUCUGUCAAUGUGACAAUCAUUUGUGGACACUCACUGAGAAAGACCAAAAUGAAUGACCAUAUUUAAUCAUUGAAAAACAGUAACAUUCAAAAUUUAAAGUAUGAGAGUAGUUAUGGCAUCGUGUCUUUCUACAAAGAUGAUAAAAUAGCAUGGUUAAGAAAGUUCUCAUCUCUUGGACAUUGUUCAGUAGACCUUCAUUACCCAGAUAAAGAUGGAAAGUCAUGUUUAUACAAAGAAUGAUUUCACAGACUCCAACCUUCAUUUUGCACAUGGUUUUUAAUUGGUGUUUAAAAUACUGAGAUUCAGCUGGUUAGCUACUUUUGUCCUUAAAAGUUUUGAAAUAUGAUUUUUUGCAUUUCACUUCUCAUAAUAAAUAUAAUAUGGAAUAAAAUGUCUUAUGUUUCUA